CCCCUGUUGCUCCCCCAGACAAGUUGCGGCCCCUCCCCAGGGUUGACUUCUUGGACGUCGACGACCGGAGCUCCACCGUGCUUCCUGUUUGGUGACCCAAGGCAGCUACCACCAACCGUCAUGACGCCCAACGAGAAAGAUUCCCUGCUUUGCCAAGGAUGGCAAAAUUUCGGCACUGCUAUACUUCCAGGUAUUGGCAUACCAGUCUGCCGCCUCAAGACCCAGCUCCGCAUGGCAAAAGGCAUGUCCGACACAGUGGCAAAGAUCAUCUACCCGGACGUCCCGUACGAGUAUCCCGACAGCUGUGCCGUUGAACUUGCGGGGUUCCAAGCAGGCAGGGACCUAGAGGACUUCGUCCGGGAGAGGUACCCAGAGAUAAUCCCAGCUCCCACAGGCACAUCCAGCCAGUCUUUGUGCACUAUUGCGCUAGGCUUCAUUGUCGACCUUGUCAAGUCUAAGAAACAGCCCCAGUAUGCUGCACUCGCGAACAUGCAGGCGCCAACGACAGUCGACUUGUUCCAGGGCCAGGAAAACGACGUAGUGGUAGUCGUCAUGGGUACGGCCUCUCCGAAGCCUGGUCCUGGCUUUACUUCAGACAGCCAGCGCCUGAACGUCAUGCUCACCCGCCAGUGGUGUGGGCUGGUUAUCGUUGGUGACAUCAACACCACCGGGCAGCUGGUAGACGACGAGGGCAAAGGAAAGGGCAAGGGGAAGCGCAAGUGGAAGGGUAAGGGCAAAGGUGGGGAGGAGAGGUUUGAGAUCGAGGGCCCCAAACGGGGAGAGAUACUGGACACAGGCCGCGGCGCUGCGCAAGAUGCAUAA